AUGUCGUUAACACCCGACCAAACCUCCAAGACUCAAUCGGGAGCCAUGACCCCCGGUGCGAUCGCAACGGAACUAUCCAAACUCGACUUACCUGCUCCGAGCGGUCUCAAGCUAACUCUCCCGGCUGAUCCUAAAUCCCCCUUAAGUGCUGGAGCCGGAGCUGGACCCAAUAGCGCUUUAUCCGCUGGCGGCAAUUCUCUCUUUUCUCCCGUAGGAACGGAUGAUACAGGUGAUAUCUCUGGACCUGAACCGGAGGCUUUGACUGUAGCAAGGAGAAAAGCAAGAUCUGAAAGCGUCUCUGAACAAUUAUCUACUACGUUGUCGGAAAUGAAAUUACCUCAACCUGAAAGGAUCUUCGGUCCAUCAGACGAUCAGAACGCCCAAGAUCAGGGCUCAGAGAAGAAACAGGGUGUAUCACCUGAAGAAUGGGAUAAAGUGAAAUUGGAUGAUGAAGUUCCUGAAGCUGUUAAAGAACCUAAGAGGAUGACUCACAGUAGACAUACUUCCAGAGCCGACGCAGCCGUUCCAAGGACACCUACGAUCAAAGAGGAUCCCGAACCUUCUUCAUCUUCUCAUGCUGUGGCUAAGGAACAGAAAGUCACGCCGUUCGAUGUGGAAGGUGAAGUGGAUGCGGAUGGUAAAGAUCUCGGAAUCGAUUACGAUAAACUCACGAAACGUUUCGGAGCAUCUUUGAUUUCUCAGGAAUUAUUAGAUAGAUUCGAGAGAUUGACAGGUCAAAAACCUCAUCCCUUAUUAAGGAGAGGCACUUUCUAUUCCCACCGUGAUUUCAACUUGAUACUUGAUCGAUACGAGAAAGGACAACCGUUCUAUCUGUACACCGGUAGAGGUCCAUCGAGCGAUUCGAUGCAUAUGGGUCAUUUGAUUCCCUUCAUGUUCACUGCCUACUUGCAGAGAGUGUUCAACGUUCCUCUUGUGAUUCAAGUAACAGACGACGAAAAAUACCUUCUCGAACGAGAUAUCAAGAAACAAGCUGAACUCAUGAAGAAGAUCAAAGGAAAGAAACCUCUCGAUCUGUUGCGACAUUACAAAAAGAUGGGUCAAGAUAAUAUCAAAGAUAUCAUCGCUUGUGGUUUCAUACCGGAGAAGACGUUCAUCUUUUCCGAUUUGGCUAAUGUUGGCGGUGCCUUCUACGAGAAUGUAGUACUUAUGGCUAAAACCAUCACCCAAAGUCAAAGCAGAAACGUAUUCGGUUUCACUGACUCCGACAACAUCGGAAUGUUCCAUUUCGCAGCUGUCCAAGCUACACCAUCCUUCUCCAACUCCUUCCCUCAGAUCUUCGGUGCUCGAGACGAUAUCCCAGCUUUGAUCCCUUGUGCCAUUGACCAGGAUCCUUAUUUCCUACUCACAAGAGACGCAGCCGAUAAGUUGCAUUACAAGAAACCAGCAUUACUCCACUCCAAAUUCCUUCCCGCUCUCCAAGGAGCCGGUACCAAGAUGUCCGCCUCCAAGGAGAACACCGCCAUCUUCAUGACCGAUGAUCCCAAGAAGAUCGCCAAGAAGAUCAAAUCCCACGCUUUCUCUGGUGGUGGUGCUACUCAGGAGGAACAUAGGUCGAAGGGAGGUAAUCCCGAUGUGGAUAUCGCUUAUCAGUAUUUGAGUUUCUUUGAGGACAGUGAUGAGAAGAUGGAGAAAUUGGCCAAGGAAUACCGAGCUGGUACUUUGAGUACAUCAGAGAUGAAAGCUGCCUGUAUUGAGAAAUUGCAAGAGGUCGUUGCUGAGUUCCAAAAGAACCGAGCAGAAGUGACCGAUGAGAAACUCGCCUACUUCCAAGAUCCAACGAGGAAGAUUGAUCCUCGACCUAAACCCAAGGAAGCUGCUAUAGCUGCACCUGGUGCGUAG